AUGGCACAAACCAUUCCUAACUCCGGCCACGAUGAUAUGAUUCACGAUGCCACUCUCGACUACUACGGCCGACGACUAGCAACAUGUUCGUCCGACAAGACGAUCAAGAUCUUUGAAGUCGAGGGCGAGUCCCACAGGCUUGUCGACACUUUGAAAGGACAUGAAGGUGCAGUAUGGUGUGUUGCUUGGGCGCAUCCGAAAUUCGGCACAAUCCUGGCGUCCUCGUCCUACGAUGGCAAGGUGUUGAUCUGGCGCGAGCAACCCUCCAGCGCAGCAACUAGCGGAAGCCCCUGGGCCAAAGUCUUUGAAUUUUCUCUCCAUACUGCGUCCGUCAAUAUUAUUUCGUGGGCUCCUCAUGAAAGCGGAUGUCUUCUUGCUUGUGCCUCGUCAGACGGCCAGGUCAGUGUACUCGAAUUCCGCGACAACAGCUGGACCCAUCAAAUGUUCCAUGCUCAUGGCAUGGGCGUCAACUCUGUGAGUUGGGCGCCAGCUGCAUCCCCUGGUAGCUUGAUCAGCGCAAACCCAGGGCCCGGUCAACAACGGAGAUUUGUCACUGGCGGCAGUGACAACUCGGUCAAGAUUUGGGACUAUAGCCAUGAAUCCAAAACAUACAACCCCGUACAGACUUUGGAAGGACAUUCGGAUUGGGUCCGAGAUGUUGCCUGGUCCCCGAGCAUUCUUUCCAAGUCAUACAUCGCCUCCGCCUCCCAAGACAAGACUGUUCGCAUCUGGACCUCGGACGCAUCGGCUCCCGGCCAGUGGUCGAGUACCGUUCUCGAAUUCGACACGGUUCUGUGGCGUGUCAGCUGGAGCUUGAGCGGUAACAUCCUGGCCGUCAGUGGUGGCGACAAUAAAGUCACACUCUGGAAGGAGAACCUCAAGGGCCAGUGGGAAAAGGUCAAGGAUAUUGAAGAAUAG